ACCACUACCCUAUUGUUUUCAACCACCGUAUGUUUGCCGCCGACGGUCGGCGCGAAUUCUUAAUAUCUUUUAACCUAGUUCUGUAAAUUUCAAUUUUUUGACGCAAAGUUACCGAACCAAACAGGUUAUUCUUAAGCCCCAAAUCGAAUUUACGGUAAACACACACACACACACACACACACACACACACACACACACACACACACACACACACGCGCGCGUGCAAGUGAUCAGGAAGCAGGAUUCAAAUCUGGUGUUCUAGAUGUCGUUCAGAGGGAGAGGCGGCCGCGGCGGCGGCCGUGGCGGCAGAUUUGGUGGCGGCGGCGGACCGAGGGCCACUCCAGUUCCUUUCGAACUGUUUCCGGAUAUUGCGGGUAUAGGUAAAGCUGAGAAAUGUCCUGUUGAGAAGCAUCACUUAAUUAAGUGGUCUAUGGGUCUGCAGGCUUUUAGCGAAUCCUCUCCUUAUUAUUAUGAAGAUCAAGGCGAACUCUCGAAGAAAGUGGUAAAACCGGACAUAGAAAGAUAUUCCGAUAGGGAUUCGCUAGCAAAGCGUAAGCGAACAAUCGAAGACUCGAUAAAGCUGGGCGAAGAUUACAUGCCUAGAGAACUAGUUAGAGGUGAUAAGAAGGGAAGACGUGCUGUCAAGAGAGUUCGAUGGAACCCCGAUUCAGCUUGGCAGAGAUUUGAUAUGUUUGAUCGACGUGAACAGAAAGGCGAGGGCAAAGAAGAUGAAGAUGAAGAAGAUGAAGAUGAGGAAGUAGAAGAUGACACAGACGGAGAAUUCAGCGACGAGGGUGAUUAUGAACAGAAUGAGGACUUUGAUGAUGAUGAAGAUGAUUUCAAUAUGGCCGAAGAAAAUGAGGAGCCGUAUUAUUGAUUUUCUCGUAACGGGAUUGCUGGACAUAUCUUGGUUGGACAUAUCUCGUAACGGCAUCGACAGAAGUUCGCCUGUUUAUACCUAUUUAUUUAUCGUUUUUUUUUCUGUGCAUUUUAAUCAAUUAAUGCUAACAUAAACUCGAAUUUUCGACAUUGUUAUGGUUCUUGAAGGCAGACUCCAAUUUCUAGUUGCAUUUCAAUG